AACACUUGCUUGUCCUUGACCCUUUUGCGGCUUUGUGAAUGUUAUGACGAGUUGAUGCUUGCAUUGAUCCCGUCCAGCUGCACCAGCAUUGGUUUAUGCCCACGGCCGCUGUUGAUAUCCUUCUGUGCCUACCCGCGGAGCCACGCGUCCUGCCUGCAUUGUCCCCGUCCAUGCAUCAACGACUUCGAGUGGAAGAGUCGGCCAUCAGCAAUGGAAAUGAAAAGCACAGAGGUUCGUGCAAAAGUGCUGAUUAUCACUCAUCGGUUAAUCAUCCCUCGUCUUGGAGGAGCCAUGGCGAAUCACACCAUAUAUAAUGGCAGUAUGGUGGAGGUUGGGAGGGGAAAGGUGUCGGACGAUGCCGAUGACCAGAGCAAAAUCAAAACCAUG